CAGCGCAUGCGCGGCUCCAAGGUGAUCGUCUGGAGAUAGAAGUUAAUAUUUGGGGAAUUUUGGGGUCAAAUUCUGUGUUUUCUACGCCGCAGAGGAGCUCCAGAGAGCAGGACACACACAAACACACACAGCGAGCUGGACCGGAGGACUGGAGGACAUUUCCUGCGUUAACGCAGGGACGCGAGAGACACCUUUGGACACCUUGACGUCGCCGAGGCAAGCCACCAUGACCAGCGUGCUGUGCAGCAGGACCCGGCUGGUCACUUACCUUCCAGGACUACAUGUGUUGGUGCACCGUGUGACUGGGUCCACCGGGUCCAGAAGCUUCUCCGCCGCCGGGUCAUCGGGUUCUGAUGAGCCCGACGUGGCCGUCGCUCCCUCCGACCUGGGGCUGCGCACGGUGUGGCCCAAUGACAGCAUGGGGCCGUUUGGGCCCCAGGACCAGCGCUUCCAGCUCCCGGGUCACGUGGGCUUCCACAUCCACCUGGAGGGCCUGGACCAGCAGAGGAAGAGCCAGACCCCCGGGCCGGUCCCGGACCUGCUGUCGGCUCCGACCAGCAGCGACAGGCACCAGUUCAUCCUGGCCCAGUUCAUGGGAGAGCUCUCAAUUGAAGACGAGGCCGCCGUCUCAGAGCAGACGUCUUCGUCCCAACACAACCUGCAGUUCGCCGACAGCUGCACCGUGGAGUGUUCCGUCCAGGCGUGUCCCAAGCUGCUGCAGAAAGACUUCAAGUUCAUGUUCCCAGAGGCUCCGCCCUCCAGCAUGAUGGUGGUCACGGUGACCCAGAAGACCUCCAACGACAUGACGGGGUGGAGCGUCGAGGUGGAGCAGGAACGGGAGCAGAUGCUGCACAAGUUUAUCGAGGGUGCCAAAGAGAUCUGCCUGGCUCUGCAGAGAGAAGGUUUCUGGGCCGAUUUCAUCGACCCUUCGUCAGGCCAGGCGUUCUUCGGCGUUUACACCAACAACACGCUGUUCGAGACAGACGACAGGUAUCGCCAGCUGGGCUUCCAGAUCGAGGACCUGGGCUGCUGCAAAGUGAUCCGGCACUCCCUGUGGGGGACGCACGUCUUCGUGGGGUCCAUCUUCACCAACGCUCCCGCCGACACUCGCAUCAUGAAGAAGCUGCAGGGCAGCUGAUCGGCCGGAGGCCGCUGCUGGACUGGAACCCCGACGGCCCGGACACUUUUAGACUCUUUACAUUCUCUCUCAAGCAGAGCCCGUUCACUCAGGCAGAGCACUUCACGCUGAUUCCUGGGUUUAAUUUCAUCAU